AUGUCUUCAGUCACAACUACUUCACUUCUUCUUCCAUCUUAUUACGGUCACUUCCUCGCUGAAGUCGUUGGUGCCAAUCCCACAGCCACUACCUUCGUCCUCGAUUGCGAUUGGGACAAGUACCCAUGGGAGGGCGAAGAUGAUUGCUAUGUUACCAAACAAACCGUCGUCGUCGGACCAUGGGCUGACAAGACACCUACACCUGGAGCUCCUACAAAAGGCAUCUACAAAGAAUCCUAUGUCGAUAAAGGUAUCGAAGAGGGAGAAGAAGGAUACUCUUUCUCUGCCGAGUGUCGAAUGAGCAAAACAUGGGCCGAGACGUGUACCACUAUCAACAUUGGCGGAAAUGCCAAUUUUGGUCCUACAGCGACUUUCCCGCGUUCCACCGGCACGGCUUUCGACGUCACGGCUGGCGAGAAGUACCUUUCGGCAGCCAAGACUGCUGUUGCAGCUUCUAUUGAGGCAUCCGCCACGGACGAAUCUCAAUCGGCAAAGAUGACGACUGCAAGCGACGAGGCUACGAGUAUCACUGAUGAAGGUUUGAUCAUUGUGACCGGUGAAGCCUCGCCUACAGAGACUUCUACCAGUGGGGCUUACGCGAAACGCGUUUUGAGUGUUUGGGGUCUAGUUGGAUUAGUUGCUGCUGUCAGUCUUUUAUAA